AGCCAUUUCGGGAGGAGUGGGGGGUUCUGUUUUUGCGCACCUCCGAGAAGUGCUUCAACGCGCUGUGCGUGACAACCUGACCCAAACCAGUCCGAUCUGGACUGGAUCUUGAAACAAAACAGCGAUCUUACAAUUGGGAGAAAAUAAAUGGACAAUAUAUCCCGUUUCGAGCGCAGAUGAAUUCGGCGGUGCGGGCAGCUGUGCGUUCAGUGUCUACGUCUGUCGUUCCACCGCGCCAAUAUCAGCCAUUUCUUGGGGCCUCCCAGCAAUAGCAAUACCUGGAGAAAACCCAUGGAAGCACAGAGAGAACAUGGAAACUUCACACAGGCCUGAGCAAAGAUUCAAACCCAGGACCUGAAUGUCAACAUUUUAUGGCGGAAAUGAUGAAUGAUGAUACUCACAAGUUAUUUGAACGAGUUUCCAAAAAGAUGGGCUGGACGGGGGACGAUGGGCUGGACAUUGCAGAAAAGAAGCUGAUUAAUGUGAUUGGGAAGCAACGCCGUGGUGCCACAAGUGGGGAUCAUUUUGGAGACCAAUCAGUGUCGCCUGUCCAUUAUCUCUCUGAGGAGGAAGACAAAGAGAACCAGCACUUCAACGGCAAUGUAUACAAAAACCCUGUUUUGACUGACUCCAGUGAUGAUGAAUUUGACCAACUUCUUGUGAACUGGGCCACUCCAAAAACUAAAUGUGCCUCAAAGAAACCAUGCAGUUCUGUGAAGACAGACAGUGUUUUUACAGUAAGCUCAGAUGAUGAUGAUAGUGGCGGUUUUGAAAAAUUUCUGCAACGUGUGAAAACUCCAACCAAGUCCAAGAAAGUAUCAGAGAGUGAAAGUGAGGACAGCCUUACAAAUUUCAUUGUGGAUGAUGACUUGGUUCAGACAAAAUCAUCCUCUAAAGUGCCUAAGAAGAGCAAUACUCUGGCCACCCAAAAUAAAUUCAGGAGACCACUGUCACCAUCUCAAUGUGUCUCCUCGGUGUUCAUCAGUGACAGUGAGGAUGAGGAUGAUAAUAUUACCAGCAAGACCACUUGGAGGACUCGCCGCUCAAAGCCAAAUUCUCUGCCAAAACCUAAUGAGAACAACUCCGUGCCUUGCGACCAAAAGUACACCCCACCAUCACCGUAUUUGCUGCCCGUCUCCUUCGUUUUUCCUCGGCCUUCCCACCGUACUGCAACGUCUCCGCUUUCUCCCAAGCGGACACUUUCAGCUCCUUCCAAGCUGGAGAACUCAUCCAGUUCAGAAGAGGACUUCAUGUCCUUACUGGACAGGCUUAGAAAGAAGAACACAUUCACUGGUGCUAUGUGCACACCGAAGACCAACAAAGAAUUCAGUGAGGACCCUCCUGUGUCACUUCCCAUACAGCAGCUAGCUAAACCCAGGUCAUUAGGUGGAAAAACUUUGGAUGCAAAGACUCCUGGGAAAAGCACCACCUUAAAGCUGACACUGAGCCAGACAGAGCCCAGAAACACCUCCAUCAGCAGACUAGCAUUGUGCAAAACCCCAGGUUGCUUCUUAGAGUCCCUAUCGAACCCUGCCUCCAGUUAUUGCCAUUAUUUUAAGCAAAAAAAGGAAGAACUUACAAGCAAACUGUACCAGAUGUACAACAGCAGUGUGUUUGAUGGAAAGCUCCCCAUCAAUAUGUCUGUGACUUGGAACAAAAAGAUGCGCCAAACAGCAGGCUACUGUAUCACUGGACAGGAGCGAGGUAGCGGGGACCGUUACGCUCGCAUCGAACUAUCCGAGAAAGUCUGUGAUUCUGCAGAUCGCCUCCGAGACACACUGAUCCAUGAGAUGUGCCAUGCUGCGACCUGGCUGAUCAACGGCGUGAGGGAUGGACACGGAAGCAUAUGGAAGCUAUAUGCAAGGAAGUCCACCCUGGUGCACCCUGAGCUGCCGAUGGUGAAUCGCUGCCACAAUUAUGACAUCAAGUACAAAUUCCAGUACCAGUGCACUGGCUGUCAGAAUACGAUCGGGCGUCAUUCCAAGUCCCUGGACACCCAGAAGUUCGUGUGUGCACGUUGCACCGGUAAACUCGUCCUGCUCACAUCAGCCAAGCCUCGUCCUCCUACGCCUUUCGCCAAAUUUGUGAAAGAGAAUUAUGGGUCUGUACGCCAGCAGCUGGCAAAGCAGAGCCAUGCAGAAGUCAUGCGGAAACUCAGCAAAGACUUUGCCUCUAAGAAUAAACUAAGUGACUUUCAAAGUUCCGACCUCUGAGGUAAGUGGAACAUAGCAACAGAAUGACAAUAAAACCUGCUGAAUAUCUGCAAUGUCCUAAUAACAAUAACUUGAGAGCAGCUAUCAAUGUUUUUUAGUGAAAUGGUCAUGGUUGAAUGUGUCUGUGCAGUUUAGGUUCGUGAGUAGAGGUUGUGAACUUUUAUAUAUGGACGGCAGCUAAUGAGUUAGUUGCCCUGUGUAGGGAAUUGUAUUUUAUUAUCGCUGCUCAAAUUGUCAAGUUUUAACUACAAAUAGUUUUUGUUUAUGUAUCAAAAUUAAAGUUCAUUUCAUUGAAAUAAUAAAAUUCAAAAAGCCAACAAUCAAGUGGACUUCUAUGA